GUUUCUCCACGCAUGCGCAAAAAAUAAGUAAUAUAUCACAAACUGCGGAGUACGUGAAAACGAGCUGCUUGAUUGAAGUGUGCUUGGUUCGCAUAAAAUACGUUCCUUCCACUGCUCUAAUGGAUUCAGCAAAUCACAACGUUCUGCAAUUUAUAUCCGCAGCGGCUCAAGCUUUAGAGACUCAGGAAAGUCUUGAUCCCGUCAGUGGCUCCCAAAGCGGUAAAAUCCUGGCGGAAAAAGCUCUCAAAGAAGUGUCUUGCUCAUGGUCAAAUCACUCAGUUCACGAUCCCGACCACGGGAAGCCCAAUGCAAUAAAAAAAUUACUUGCCGAAGCCACAGGCAAUGAACUUAACGAUGGAGACAGUGACAGCCUUAGCGAAGAAAGGGAUCAGUCUCUACCUGCGAGUGCUUUAUUAAAAGAACAGACCACUGCAGAGAAACUCCAGAUAAUAUUCCAGCUGCCGACGGUAGAAGAAGUCCUCGAUGAAUGGCCAUGUUGUAUUGUUCGUUCGGCGAUUGUUCCUGGAUAUCUCUAUUUGACGGAAAAUCAUGUCUGCUUCUUUGCUUCGUUGCCGCAAAACAUGCAUAGUUAUCGGAAGGCAGGUUAUAUGCUGAUCAAACAUACUGGCAAGAUGGGAACUGGAUUCGAACGCUGUUAUUUCGAGCUUAAGGAGGACAUGUUAGCAUGGUUUGAAAGCGCAACGGAUAUGUAUUCCCCCAAGGGCAAAGUGGAUCUCAAGGAUGCCUUAGCUGUGCGCACAUCCAAAAAACGAGAGCAUGGCUUUAAGAUUAUCACAAUGAACAGAACAUGGCAUUUUCAAGCUGAUACACAUGCAGCCAUGCUUGAAUGGAUCAAUAUGCUUCAAAAGGCGAUUUUCAAGGCCAAGAAUACCGGAAACAGCGUCAAGAUAUCUCUACCUUUCGAAAACAUACUAGACAUCGAGCAAACAGAAGCGUUCGAGUUUCAACAAUUUAUCCAAAUCCGCGCUGUGGGCAUUGACGACAGUUUUGUCAUGGAUGAGUACUAUUUCGCCUAUUUCGCAGAUGCCAAAGGGACUUUUCAGCAAAUAAAAACUGCAUGGGAUCGAUCACAACAACAUAAAGCGCUAUCCGAGAGCAAUCAUUCGAAUAAUCCAUUAAGCGCCUCGGCAACAGACUCUGUGUCACCAUCACUUUCCAUCACUGAUCUGUACGAUGCGAACUGCCAGCCCAUCACGAUACAAGCUCUUGGGGGAAAUAAAAAGCAGCCUACAGCUCCACCCUCAACGUCGGUCCCAGCAUCCAUGAGCGGGGCUGUUUCAAGUGCCUUAUCUGUUCCAACUGCGCUCAAGGACCUACUUUACAGCUCGUCGGAUCAUACUUCGUCCACACCUUCACCGCCAAAUAAUGCAUCAUCACCUCUUCACCAUCAGACACCGGAUCCAAGUACUGCAGAUAUACAGGAUUCAUCCAGCUCUGAGAACGAAGAUCAAGCAGUAGCUGGAUGGUGGGAUGGGAAACGGCGAUCUGGAAUGAAGCUUGUGUACGGACUAUUAGGCGGUGGUGGAAGUACCGGCAGCACAGCGACUGUAUACCACUCUCCAGAUGAUGAGGACGGAGAUGAGGACGAUGAUAAUGAUAUAGACCUAUAUACGAAAACUAACGAGCGAAAAACAGAUGGCGGAACUCUGUUUCCUUGCGAAGAGCCUAUUGAAGAUCGCACUCGGUCCAACUUUCGAAAAUAUUUUGUUUUGCCCGAAUCUGAGAAGUUGGAAGCAGUAUACCGCUGCUCGUUGAUGAAGACCUUGCCAUGCUAUGGAAAACUGUACAUAUCCUCACAUCAUGUGUCAUUUAAUUCGAAAGGAAUUGCAACUAAAGCUAAGAUGAUAAUUCCGUUCAGUGAUAUUUUGCGAAUACAGAAGAUUCGCAGCCGCGGUUAUAUAUUCCAUGCCUUGAGUGUUCUUACACAAAACAAAAAAGAGAUUUUCAUAGAGUUCACUUCUGCUGCAAGGCGAAACAAUUGCUUUGCCAGAUUAUUUCUCCAGCACAAAGGUGUUUUUGAACACAAGUCAUCGGCAGAACAGGCACAAAGGGAUAUUCGCGAAUGGACUGCCAAAUUGUUAGAGGAAGAACAGACCGAGAGCUACGACCAUGUCAUUCCUCCUUUUAAAACAGGUCUACCUGUACUAUCACAUACUGCUGAUGAGCCUCUGAUGUAUCAAAAACCCGACAAACCACUCCAUUUUACAUGUAUCACAAUCGGCACUAGAGGCGAUGUGCAACCAUAUAUUGCAUUGUGCAAGGGGCUCAUGGCGGAAGGACACAAGUGUCGUAUAGCCACACACGAUGAGUUUAAGGAUUGGAUCGAAGAGCAUAAUAUAGAGUAUCGCUCAAUAGGUGGCGACCCGAGCGAGCUAAUGCGCAUCUGUGUCGAGAAUAAUUUUUUCAGUGUACACUUUGUCAUGGAAGGUCUUCGAUUAUUCAAAGGAUGGAUAGAUGAGCUGCUGGAACUGACGUGGAAGGCUUGCGAUGGUACGGAUGUGAUUCUUGAAAGUCCCAGUGCCAUGAUUGGCGUACAUAUGGCAGAGAAGCUGAGGGUUCCUUAUUUCAGAUCAUUUCCUAUGCCAAUGACAAGAACCAGAUCAUUUCCCCAUCCGUUUGCCACACCCAAUAACCCAAAGGGAAGGCUUUACAAUGAUAUGACCUAUGUAUUAUUUGACCAUGCUAUAUGGCGGGCUAUCGCAACAAGAACCAAUGACUUUAGGCGGGAUGUCCUCAGUCUGCCACCUACAAAUUACGAGAAACUGGAAAUCUGGAAGGUCCCAUAUCUAUACUGCUUCAGCCAGAGCAUUGUACCAAAUCCGCUGGACUGGAUGGAUUGGAUUCAUUGUACAGGUUAUUGGUUCUUGGAUAACGCACAGACUGGUUGGGAGCCAAGUCCUGACUUACAGGAAUUUCUGCAAGCGCGAGACUCACGACCCAUUGUAUAUAUCGGUUUUGGCUCUAUCAUUGUUUCUGAUCCUGAUGAGAUCACUCGAAUUAUCGUGGAAGCGACCCUGUUGUCCAAUGUGAGAGCCAUUAUUUCAAGAGGCUGGUCGUCAAGGCUACAAGAAAAUUCCACAGGGGCAAGCAAUGACUUGCUGCAUAAAUACCGAGGUACUAUUUUGAGCGUCCAGGCUGUUCCACAUGACUGGCUCUUUCCACAGGUUCGAGCAGUGGUGCAUCAUGGCGGUGCGGGUACUACAGCGGCAGGCCUACGUGCAGGUCGACCCACCAUUGUGAAGCCAUUUUUCGCUGAUCAAUUCUUCUGGGGGGAUCGAGUAGCGGAAAUGGGUAUUGGCCGCUGUAUCAAGGAUCUGACGGUUGAGAGCCUUUCAGCUGCGUUACGUGUAGUAUCUACCGACGAAAGCAUGUUGCGAACAGCGAAUAUUGUAGGACAAAAUAUCCGAGAGGAAAACGGUGUUGAGACGGCGAUACAAUGUAUUUAUCGUGACAUGGAGUUAGCAAGAGAACGCACACUGUCCUCGGCGAAACGCACGUGCUCGGAUGAUGGAGCAGAAUCUGACGCCCUGUUAGAAAAUAGCCUUGUGGAUGAUGAUCAGGAAUGGACAUUGAUUGAGGCUACAGCUUCAGGAUCGGUAUCACCGGGUUCAUGGCGACCUCGUGCCAGUUGAUGUGAUGUACCCUUCACCGUCCCCCGAUAUGAAUUGAUAUAUUUCCGCCAAGUAAUAAUACCAUGUUUUAAGAGAGAAAA